AUUGCUCGCCCGUUCCCACUUUUUCGGUGUGUCUCAUAGCGGAAGGACGUGGUCUCCGUUUAGGUCGCGCGUGUGAUUAAUAUUUUUAGGGAAGUUGACUGCAAAUCCUCGCAAAAAGGAGGAAAAUAGUUUAAUUAUUUUAAGAAGUGUUAGGAAAACCUUGUGAAAAUGGCAAAUAUCAAAAGCGAGAACGGUGGUGGUGAAAAUGGAAACUACCACGACGAUGACGAUGAAAUCCGCGAAUUGGAGCACCUGCGUAAGCUUUUCAUUGGCGGGUUGGACUACCGCACAACAGACGAAUCGCUUAAGGGACACUUCGAAAAAUGGGGCAAGAUCGUGGAUGUGGUUGUGAUGAAAGAUCCAAAAACCAAACGCUCGCGCGGUUUCGGAUUUAUCACUUAUUCCCGCGCCUACAUGGUGGACAAUGCGCAAAAAGCUAGACCGCACAAGGUCGAUGGACGUGUUGUCGAGCCAAAACGUGCUGUUCCCCGCCAAGAUAUCAACCGGCCAGACGCCGGAGCUACCGUCAAAAAACUAUUUGUCGGCGGCUUGAAAGAUGAUCACGAUGAAGAUUGCCUGCGUGAAUACUUUGGAAAAUUCGGUAAUGUCACCGCCGUGACGAUUGUAACAGAUAAAGAUACUUUGAAGAAACGCGGAUUCGGAUUCGUUGAAUUCGAUGAUUAUGAUCCAGUGGACAAAGUUGUGUUGCAAAAAACUCACACCAUCAAAGGCAAACUACUCGAUGUUAAGAAAGCCCUGUCUAAACAAGAAAUGGACCGCUCCAAUACUGGAGGAGGCGGUGGCGGUGGUGGCGGCGCCGUCGGAAUGGCCGGAGGCCGCAGUGGGCCAAUGGGUGGUGGUGGCGGCGGUGGUGGUAUUGGUAAUCGAGGAGGCCGUGGUGACCGGGGUGGCAAUCAAGGUGGUUGGGGUAAUCGGAAUAUGGGUGGCAGUGAUAAUUGGGGUGGAAACAAUAACUUCGGAGGUGGUUACAAUCAAGGUGGUGGCGGCGGAGGCGGAAACUGGAACAGCCAGAUGAAUCCUUGGGGAGAUAACGGACCCAGUCAAGGUGGCUGGAAUCAAAAUGGAGGAAGCAGCAAUUUUGGCUCGAACAUGGGCGGCGGCGGUGGUGGAAACUGGGGUAGCAAUGACAAUUUUGGUGGUGGCUACCAGCAAGGCUAUGGUGGCGGCCCACAGCGCAACAAUAACUUCGGAUCAAAUCGAAUGAACCCAUACGGUGGUGGUGGCGGUAACAUGGGCGGCAGCAACACCGGAAAUUACGGUAAGCAGCAAAACGGAAAUAUGAGUCAUGGUGGCGGAUAUGGAAAUCAAGGAUAUAGCGGUCCAAACAUGGGUGGUGGCAAUAUGAUGGGUGGAGGCGGAAAUAGGAGAUAUUAAGAUCAAAAAGAUACAAAAGGUAAUGAGCAAAGUCAGAUACAAACAAAUGAGGAUAGGCAGUCGAGAGAGAUAUAUAAAUAGAGCAGUGAAUGAAUAAAACAAUGAAAGAAUUUUGUGCAGGAAGAGAUUAUUUAAAAAACCUCUAAAGAAAGAUGAAAAAAGCAGGCAAGGCAGAGACAGACAAAACUAAAACUAAAAAAUCUCUUUAUAUGAAACCAACAGGAUAUCCUCAGAAUAUAUAAAGCAAAAUUAAUCAUAGAAAUCUAUAUAUAUUAAGGUUUUUUUAAGUAUAGUCACUAGAUCAUCAUUGAUAUCAUUUUUCUCUUUGUUUGACAAUUCUUAAUUGUUUUCUUUCAAUUUAGGACCACCCUAAUUAAGAUAACUUUUUUUUAUUUAUGUUUGUUAUAAAACACAUACAUACAUAUACAUACACAGUUUUUAGCGAAAGAGGAAGAAGAAAUCAAAAAAUAACAAAAAAACAUUCGUCCAACACGAAGAGAAUUUUGUGGAGGUUAUAAUACAAAACUUUAUUCUGUGUAAAAUAUUUGAUUGUAUUCAAUGAAGAUUUUGAAGUAAACCAACAAAAGAGCAACUUUUACUAUUACUAAGAGAUUUCAUAUAGAAGCAAAGCAUAGAAAUCCAUAAAACUAUAUUUUUAAUAAUCUACAAGAUUCAUAAUGAAAUUCAUACCAUGCAAGAAGAGUUUGCAAGUUUUGCGUUUUCUGGUGUUUUCAUUUUUUCAGGACUAAACUUAUUCCACCUUAGAAUUCUAAAUAUAUAUAUAUAUAAAGUAUAUACUAUUCCGAUCUCGACAUGGUAAACUGAACAUACUAUACACACUUGUUUUGGUAGACCCAAUGGAAAAUUUAUAAACAUAGGAAGUUUAUCAUUAUUAUAUAAACUUGAUGAUGGAUGAAUAACUAAGAAUUAUCACUGAAAAAAGAAAAUUAGAAAAUAAAAAAUUGAUAAGAUGAUAAAUAUAGAAACAUGAAUUGCUUUA